UAGAUAUGCAAAUGUAAGUAAGCUAUACUAAAGAUAGAAAUCGGAACCUCCGAGACUCUCCGUGUUAACGGUGGUGACCAGUAACACGGUGGGUGUGUUUUCGUAGGAUUUGAAUUUUUUGCAGAAGUCUCUUGCAGCCUGGUCCCAAAGGUAGAGUUUCAUCACAGGUCCACUGCAAAAUAUCGACACUGAUUGGUUAAGAGAAGUACAGAGAAGUGGUGUUUACGAAAUAAUAAAAAACCUACUCGUGUGAUUGCACAUGAACCAGAAGAUGCCUCGCCUUUGCUAUCUCCACUUCAUCAAGGACGGGGUCUCAAUGAGACUCUGUCCAUUAACCAGCUUCAUGUGGCCAACAACAUCUAUUCCAUUGUUCAUCAAGAGGGUAACUAAGAUGACUCCAAAAUAAGUAAUCUAAUAUUUCAUGACCACAAAAAAUCGAAACACACAUAGUCUUAAAGUAGUCGACAGAUCCUAUUUAUACUAUGCUACGCUAUGAUGAUCAAAAAAAUCCAAGGGCCAAGGUUAGUAAAUUGUGCUACCUAACGUUACAAACCGAAUAAAUGAAUUUCAUUCAUUAACAUGUGCCUCUUUCAAGAGUGACUUCAGAGAAUGACUAAGACAAACCAAAAACUCUUAAAACUUUAACUUCAUUCAUCCACAUGUGACUCUUUAAACAGUUAAUUCAGAGAAUGAUUAUGACAAACCAAAACAUUAAUACAGUUAAUUCGAGAUUUAUGUAUCUAAGCAGCAAGAAAGGCUAAAUACUACAUCCAAUCAUCAAGCAAUGCAACUAAGGGAUGAUGUGGGGAAUUACAGAGCUUGCCGUAGAGGUCUCCUUUGAGAUCACAGUUAGCUUGAAAAUCCUCAUACGAAUGAAACCGGAAACUGUCUUCAUCAAAGGGGUGGGACUGUCUUGAAGAACCGACAGUUCAGAGUUCCAUGAGAACGACACGGUCGCGGUCUGAUCAGCAACCCGAAACACCGAUUUGUUUCUGGAUCCAUAGAAGUUGUUGAGUUUGUAAACUGAUCCUCGCUUCAUUUUAGGCAAAUACUUUUCAAUCCGUCCUGGCGAAAUGAAUCCUUGAAUAACAGUUCCCUGCAAAGAAUAACAUAAGGAAAACCAAAAUAAGUAAGCGUAGAACGUUUUGAAGUAAAUAAGUGGGAACUAAAUAACUACGUUUAGGAGAUUUCAUGUACCUGUUCGUCGAUGAGGAACAUCUCCAGGCCAAUAAGCGUCUUCUUUAGCGGGUUCCAAGCCUCCCAGUAAUGAAUCAGACAGAAUCGCAACUGAGUUUCAUGGGGACCCAGUGAGACAUCUCUGAAGAACAUGACUUUUUCAUCAUAAUCGGAGGAGACAUGGGACUUCCCAUUUGGUUUCGUCGCCAUGGAUUGAGGUUAGUGCAGUUCAAGGGUUUUGAUUUGUACAAAGGAAAGAAGAUCAGUAUAUAAAGAAUGAGGAAAAGAGGAAACUGAAACGAAAUCAUAAAGAAGAAAUUGAUUGAUCAAAUUAAAGUGGAGUUUUGAUUGUGAAGAAUUGGAUCGAUUAGAACUCAGUCGCUAUGGUUUCAAGCGGAGAAGACGAAGAGAUAGAGGGGAAGAUCCUCGUGACUUCCGUCGUCGGAUUGAUUUUGGUUUUUUUAGAUUUUGUGAAAAAAAUGAAGCCCAGACGUGAUGCAAAUAAAGCCCACACGUAAGCCCACUAUAAAUAAAAGAAAAAUUUGAAGCCCAGACGUAAUUGAAGCUUGUCUGAUGUGUAAAAAUAAAAUGUGCUGAUUGGAUGAUUAUUUUUGAUAACGUGGAUAGCUUAAUAUUUCAGGAUAUCAGCCUUUUAGUAUUGUUAGAUUUAUUGUUGUGUAUCAUUGUGCUUAAAGUGGCUAAAUGCUUUAACCAUGGUUACGCAUAUAUAUACGUCUAAUACUUAUCUCAUAAAUUACAAUGCCAUAGAGUGCUUCGAAAUCAUCUUGUGAUACACAAAACAUUCUUCAGUUGAACAAAGUAUGUUUAUAAGCUUAUGAUCAGCACUCCCUAGCUAUAAUUUAAUUAAGUGUUUGUUCAUCAAAACACUCUCUUACAAGUUAUCCCUUCCAUAUCAAUAUCUUCGAGGUAUGAAUCUAUCUUUAUUGCCAGGCCUCUAUUUAGUGCUUCUUAUAAUCCGAGUCGUAUAAUCUUUGUUCAUAUUCAGAAUUAUAUAUAUGGACCAAAACAUGAAUGAUUUUCCGGAAUCGGAUACUCCAUUCAGCUUCCAACACUUAUUAUACGGCGAUGAUUAUGGUUACAGACACUGGCCAAUGAACCAGUUGAAAUACCAUCACAUGAAGAACUCCACUUCACGUGAGGAACUAUUGCUCAUUAGUGAACAGAUAAAAGAUGUCGGCACUGGUUUAGACGUUGAUGUCAUUGAUGGGAAUCUGAACCGAAGAAGGUAUGAAGAUCGUUCUGGUCAAGCGGAGAAAUGUGUGAUAUGUCUUGAUGAACUUAAGUACAAUGAUGACGCUUCUAAGCUGGCAUGUGGGCAUGACUUUCACUUCGAGUGUAUCAAGAACUGGCUCAUGGUCCAGAACAAGUGUCCUCUUUGCAAGCAACAAGCUCUCUCAUUGUUUCAUGAAGCUGAAAAUUUGAAUGUGUUAGAAUUGUUAACACUGAUCUUUUUUGUUUAAGAGUUUCGGUAUCCAGUAGUUUAAUGAAUAAUAUAGAAGUUUCAUAAUGAUAAAAAGGUUUACCGAAAUUUAUGCAAGUUUGUAAUCAUUUGAGCACCAUGCACCGGUUUAUAGUUUUUUUUUGUUGCUAAAUUGUAAAUAUCAUAUAAAUGAAAGUAGAUCUUACAGGCGAAUCUAAUGUUUGAGCCAUCUCGGCAAAAAGAAAGAAAAAAAAAAUGGAUCACCAAAAGCAACAAUCGCUAGUUUAUCUCAACCAAAGAGGCGUAAGCGAACAGAAGUGCUUGCUAUGCUUCCUAGCUGAAAUGAUGUUUCUCAACUCUUUAUCAAUACCAUAGAACACUGAUGCAGCAGGGAGUGAGGUCUGGUUAUGAAUUAGGUUGUUUCUUUGCUUCCACAGAUGAAAAAUGACGGUUUGAGUAGCCAUCUUCCUCAGUAGCUUUAGCUUUGUGUUUGCAGAUGCUCUGAUCCAUGAGAGCAGUUCUGACCAGUCUGUGAGAGUAGAUGAUGGCGCUUGACACCUGAUGAAGACCUCUCUCCAGACUUGGAUACUGUAAUCACACCUCAAGAAUAGAUGGUCUCUGUUUUCUAUGUGACGAGAGCAGAAUGGAAAGUCGGUAGAGACCGGUAGACCCCAAGCUGCUAGCCUGUUCCUUGUGGGCAGUCUAUCAUAGUUGGCAACCCACAUUGUGAAUGCGUGCUUUGGAACAGCUCCCUUGAACCAAACAACAUCGGUCCAAUCUACUUCCUCCUGCCUAGGCCUGAGGAACUCCCAUGUAGUUGAAGAUCUGAAAAAACUUAAGGGAGAAUCACCAGCAAUCCAUUCAUACAUAUCAUCAACAUCAUGAGAUAAAGGCAAUGAAACAGUAGUGGGGUAAGAGUGAAAGUCCACUUCCUGCUGUGAUCUUGGGUGAGGCAGGGACCAAGAUGAGCCCGUGAUAGCUUCUGCCACCACCGCGUCAAUUCUGAUUCAGAUUCUACGAGGUCCUGUCUUCCCGAUAUAGUUGUAUAGUUGACCCAAUGGAGACCAAGGAUCGAACCAGAAGCUUGCGGUCAUACCAUUCCCUAGGGACAGUCUGCAGAAUUGGAGAGCUAAAGGCCGCAGCUUAAGGAGCCUUUUCCAAGCCCAUGAAUCGCAGUUCGAUGGUUCGAUGCUCCAAAACGACUUCUCAUGCAGGUGAGUACUCCGCACCAGUUUAUAGUUUAUGAAAAACAAAAACGAAUUUUGCUUUUUAAAUGUAAUUUGUCAAAAAUGGUGAAACGCUUGCAAGACCUUACCUAUGAAGUGGUUGUCCUUUUUCAUCUUUGUCAUAAUAAUUAACUAGAUGAUAACCCGCGCAGGACGCGGGGUGAAUUUUUUUAAAAAUAUAUUGUACUUAAAUAUUAUAAAUAAUAUUCA